CAAGCCCAGGCAGUCUUUGUAGUUAAAUCAGAGUUCACUGGUUCUUCUUGCUCUCUACAACAACAUGGGAUUCACGUCAGCUGAAGACUCCUGCUCUCCAGUUAUCAGUGACCUGAGGAUUGUCCUGCUGGGAAAGACUGGAUCAGGAAAGAGCGCCACAGGGAACACCAUCCUGAGAAAGAAUGCUUUUGCCACAAGCAAGUUUUCAUCCUCCGAGACAAAGAUCUGUAAGAAAGAAAUCAGCCACUUUGAUGAAAGAACCGUGACUGUCAUUGACACUCCUGGGAUCUUUGACACAUCAAUUGAGGAAAAGGAUUUGAAAAGUGAAAUCGAGAAAUGUAUCGUGCUGUCUCUCCCAGGACCCCAUAUAUUCCUGCUGGUGAUCAGACUGGGUGUACGCUUCACAAAUGAGGAGAAGAAUGCUGUAAAGUGGAUCAAGAAAAACUUGGUGAAGAAGCCUCCCAGUACACAGCAGUGCUUUUCACUCGAGGUGACGAGCUCAAAGAAACUUCUAUUGAGGACUAUUUACACCAGAGUCUAGAGCUGAGAAAGCUCAUCAAUGAGUGUAAAGCUGGGUACGCUGUGUUUGACAACACAUGUAAGAAUGAUCGCACACAGGUAGCUGAUCUGUUUGAAAAGAUAGACAACACUGUGCAGUUAAAUGAGGGCUGUUAUACCAGCA